AAUCAUUUAUUAUUAAUAAUAAAUUAUUCCUAAUCGUGUCGAAUUAGAUUUACUAAACAGAAUUGGCUGUACGUUGUGGUUUUUAUUUUUGCUAUGUCUUUGAUAAUGUGUUGGCCACAAAAUUGACCAAUAAUCAUGACUAAUGGCAUUUAAGAGGAAGGGGUGGGGCAGAUGAUUCGUGACAGGGGUUAAAGAGCAAUUCACAAGAUGCUGGGUUCCCUUUUAACCCUAGAUACCUAAAUCAACAAUCAAUGAUGUUUUGGCGAGUAGACAGCAACAUUAGGUCUGACGAAUCUGUUGGUUUUUCCUUUUAUGGAUUUGUAAAAAUAUUUGCUUUCUUAUGGAAAACAAAAGACAGGAAAGAAAAAAUCAUAUGUCCACUGUGCCGUGUUACCUCUAAUAGGAUGAUCACAAGUCAAGAAGAUGAAUUCAUAGCUGUGAGGGUUCAGAAUCCUCGGGUUCAGAAUGAAGGAUCAUGGAAUUCGUAUGUGGACUUCAAAAUUUUCCUACAUACGAACAGCAAAGCCUUCACUGCGAAAACAUCCUGUGUAAGGCGACGAUAUAGCGAGUUUGUGUGGUUGAAGAAAAAACUGCAGAAGAAUGCUGGUCUUGUGCCUGUUCCUGAUCUACCCAAAAAGUCACUGUUUACCUUUAUAAAUGAUGACUUUAUUGAAAGGAGGAGAAAAGGUCUACAGAGCUUUUUGGACAGGGUACUGCACAUGACGGUAUGCCUGUCCGACAGCCAACUCCAUCUCUUUCUGCAGACUCAGCUUCCUGUCAAGCACAUUGAGGAUUGUGUGCAAGGCCAUACACCCUACACUGUGACAGAUGCCAUUCUGACGUAUGCUUCCUCCAACCGUGGAUGGGUGCAGGAGGAAGGAGAGGGGUCCCCAGAGUUAUGGUCUGCUCCUGUUCCAUAUGAAUCCGUAGAGAGCCCUGCUCCUCACGUGCCAUCUUUACAAUGCGCAGGAGCCACGUCAAGUGGACUAGAACCUCUAAAUGAACAAACAGAUUAUUCAGAUCUAGAAACGGAACAGACUGCACCUGACUCAAAGCAGGGAAGUGGCCACGAACAUAUAUUAAAAGAGGAAGAAUGCACCAUUAAUUUGAUGGUUGAAGUCCACCCAAGCAUUUCUUAUAUUCCUUCAGUAGAAGGUGGAUCAGAAGAGACCCAAAAGCUUGAUGAGAAACUCAAAAAUCUACAAGGGGAUGGAUGUGAAUAUCACGUCACACAAAAAGUCGGGUCCCUCGAAGUCAAGCAUCUGCAAGGAGAUCUUGAUGGUGUAGAAGCUAUUCAAGAUAUGUCUGUUGGAAAAGAUGUUGAGAUUACAUCAAUAAUUGAAGGGGGAGAAAAGGAAGCUGUCCUCGAGCAGGAAUACACUGUGAAACAAACCUUUCCUGACAAGGAUGUUCCUGAAAAAGUCAUUUCGGAUCUCAAUGCUGCCCAGAGUGACCACAAUGCGAAGGAUCUUCAAGGAACGACCGAUAAAGAUUGUGAACCUUACGAAGCCAGCGUCUCUGUGGAGAACGUCCCAGAUACUAAAGACCAAGAUAAAGCAGAGAUAACCAUCCAGGAGAACGGAGACUCCAGCAUAGAUACUGCUAUCCAAGAAGAUGCUGUGGAUGAAACUAGCUGCACACAUUCAGAGAUCAGUGAAUGCAAUGAAGAUCAUGUAGAUGAGGUGAACAAGAUCAAUGCAAAAUGCGUUCACACUGGAAGUGCCAUUUUGAUACUUGAGGGAAAUGAGGAAGCGAUCGGUACGCAAAUUGAUAUAAAGAGCGUCAGCACUGAGAUUUCAUCUGAAGAUGGUAACCUCGAUGCAAAUACUGCCGAUGUCAACACGCUUGUUUUACAAGCCAUAGAGGUUGAUUCAAUGCAAUGUGAGGAAAAUGAAAGUCGUACUCUCCAUUAACCAGAUCCUAACACAUUCUUAUUGGCAAGGCUUGUUAACCGAAUCUGCAAUAAACUGUCGUCAACACAUACAGUCACAGACUAUAUCCAUAGUCCUUCUAGCGAUUUCUCAGCUGUAAUUCAAGACUGUGAGUUCAAAAUAUUGGCUGUAUUGGAACACAUUUCACUGUUAACAUGUCCAGUUACACUGAACCAUUAGACAAGCUGUAGAUUUCUUUUACAAGGUGAAUGUCAAGCUUGCAAAGAUAAUGCACUGACUAAUGUGCCAUUAAGGGUGGUCAAUUGCACAUGCAACAAAUGGUUAAAAACACGUGAUUGAGAUUUGCGCGAUUUUACUUAAGCACUUCCCUUUCUUCUAAUGGUUCAAAGAUGUUGCUCACAGGUUCACUCUGCUGGACAUUUGGGUUAAUAAUAUUAUUAUAUUGCUCAUGUUGGCUUAUUUAGAACCAGUGUGGUUUAUAACAAUGUCCGCUGAUGCCAGUAAGGUCCUGAGAUUUCUUGGAAUUGCUUGAUUUGCGAACAAAACACUAAUUUCCUAACAGUAAUUUUCGAGAUGCACACAUUGUUUUGCAAUGAUAAUAUUUUUCCACCCUAACUUAAUGUUGCACUAGGUCUGAGUAUUGGUUGCUCAUUGACUGUUCAUCUAUUUAUAUUCUGCUGUGAUAUUGUAUUACAUUGGCUGCUUCGAAAUAGAAACGUUGGGUCAUAAAGGACUUGCUUGUAAACUAACAGAAAAGGGAGCUGCUUUAUGUCCUUUGAAUACUGUUUUAAUACCUUAAGUUUUAAAAUGUGGUGUUUUGUUAUUACAUAUAGAUGUUUUUAUUGAAACAGAAAAGGAACUUGGGAACGCACAAUGUUAUUACAAAUUUGGAGCACUUCAGGUGAUUCAUUUUAUAUUUAUGGUUUUAAGUUACACUAUUUUUAAAAUGCCUUUUUGUUUUAUUAAAAUAUGGUUGUGAAUAGGAGUUCACAAUUCCAUUCACAGCAUUUCUCAGUUUUAUAUCUUUAUUUUAAAGCACCACAUUUGUUUGUCUGAAGUACAUUUUAUGAGUAGCAGGGUAGGUAUUCAUCACUGUUUGGAUGUAUGGAUGGAUUCACCAGUGUGCUUAAUAACAAACAAUUAAAUAAAGGCUGAAUGAGAAAUCAA